AUGGCAACUCCACACACCACCUACCCGACCGUUGAGAGCGAUGGCAAGACCUGGCUGGUCCUGCAGAAUGCCGACGUGGCCGCGCCACCGCCACCGCGCAUGAGGACCCGCCUCUACUCCUACCAGGAGUACCUGGUCGGCCACGUCAAGACUUUCGACGGCUUCGCCGCCUACGCGACGUCGUCGGCCCCGCAGGGCGUGGCCCCACUGCCGCCGGACGAGGUGCGCAUUGACGAGGACGAGUUUGAUCGUGUUUCGGGCGCGGCGUCGCCCCGGGCUCCGGCCCUCAGUGCCCAAUGUGGAUCAGUGGACCAAGGCCACGAUGUCUGCUGCUCAAUGCUCAAUCUUACUGCGGAUCUGGAAAAAGUCGCCGAUGAAGCCGAACCCCACGAAAUCGACGAAAUCGACGCGUUCCGCGCGAAGUACGCCACUGCCUGGGCAAGCUACCUGGCCCCAAAAAGAGGAUCGCCCGCCCUCCGCGUAAAUCAAGGCACCCCAUGGGAUUGCGCCUUGUGCCACAUUAAAGUGAAUGGACAAACGGAUGCGCGACACCACAUCGACAAUAAACACAUGCCAGGACGGUACAAGGUGGACGCCAUCUGUUAUCGUCAGAAAAGAAAGGCCCUGCGCCAGACCCAACAAGUGCCCGAGGACAUGAUGAAAAAUGGCGACGAUUGGCGCUCGUUUUAUCUCAAGUGCUACGAGGUACUCUGGGGGCUUUGCUUCCCGGGAAAGAACGAUCGUAGCGGCCGUUAUCUCGAGCUGUCUUUAAUCGAUGGAAUCUCUCGGCGGGACGUCAACCGUCUUUGUUACGUGCUUCUUGAGCGAUAUCAAGAAAUCCACCGCCUUUCUGUAACCCACGAUGUAGCGCCGAGACGCCGCUAUGGAUUGUCCAUUGACAUAAGUCAGCUUCGCGUCGACCACUCAGCUUCCACGUAUUUUAUGGACGAUCUGUUAGCUUGCGAGCCUUGUCUUUGCCGAUUGGAUGAAUUAGAACAUUCAAUGGGGGCGCAGGAGGUUCAUUUCUACAGGGAUCAGCGGCCGUUUGCCGAGCUUGCCAACGACUCGGCAAACGAAGUUGUGACUUCGCGUGCCUUCUUUACCCCUGAAACGACCAGCCGCAAUAUGACGCAAUAUCUGGACUGUGUGGAGCCAGCUGAUGGUGAGGACUUCGAAAAGGCUUCAAUUGCUCCUGUUAACUCGUCGAUACCGAAUGAGCACGAAGCAUCUGCCUCGGCAUCAGAAGAGGUUCAGCCGGCUCCGGUUCGGCAGGAAAGUGAGGUUGAAGAUCUCCAGCUCAUCGAAGCGGAGCCUUCGUUUGCUGGACCUGAGCAAAUCGUUUCUGAGAGCAUCGUCAAGCCCAGCUCAUUAAAUUCAAGCGAGGCUCCGGCGAACUGUUCUAGCCGCUUGGCCCAGCUCCUGGAAGUCCAUCCCGUUGUGGGAAUAAGUCAAAACACCAUCCACGAUAAAGCAUCUUGCGAGGCGCCCGACGUUGUGAAAGAGGAAGCCAUAUCUACCGAAGAUUUCACAGAUGAACCUGUUGAGCGUGAUCCUGAGUUCUACAAUGUUUCGUUGAAACGAUCGUGGUCCAGCUUGGUCGGGUUCGCUUCUCAAAUGGAGAACCUCUUGGAUCGAAGCCCGGCCCUAGGCAGCGAAUUUCCGGAAAUGGCACUGCUGCUCCAGAUGAACAACAACUGGCCACUCGAUGAUUUUGUGCGGGGAGGACUCGCGGAUGAGGCCCCAACCGAUGAAGACGACGAGUAUCAUGCUGCUUUUGACGAUAUCGUUGAAGCCGGCAUCCGCGGCGAAUUCCCGGAUAACGCUGAAGUUGAGCCAGGCUUUGAUGACAGACUGGAUGAAAUCAAAAACCCGUUGUGUGAAACUACUGCGGAAAAUAUCAACACAAAAGAACCGAAGACACGAAAAAGAAAGAGCACGUCUCGCGGUCGUGUCCACUGCACGGUUGAUGCCUGUAAUAAAUCUCGCAAGCGGUUCAUAAGCAUCGGCCAGGCUGUAGAGCACAUCGUGGCCGCCCACGCGAAAGAAUUGCCGAAGAUUUGGAGAUGCCGUUUAUGCUCGUCUUUCCGCAGCUUCUACAAGGCCAAUGUCGCGAAACAUGUGCGAACUUUACACAAACAAGAGUCGAUGCGGCCCUCGUAUUUCCUGGAGCGCUGGCACCACACUACGAUAAAGCGAGCCCGCGAAAUCGCUCCCAUCUAUUUUCCGCAGAUUGUCGAUCGGGUCGAGAAGUUCCUGAUAUGGAAAGUCAAAUGCGGACUCUACGAGGAAUGGGAGGAAAACGAUGAUGAGAAGACGGACGAGCAGGAAGUCCCGGUCGAUAAACCGUCAGCCCUUGACUUGGAACAAUUAAAAGCACAGGCCAAAGACCCCGAAGACCUCUUAAAACUCACCAAAAAGGGGCAAACGUUGAUGAUGUUUGUUGGAGUAGUUGACCCAGAUCGUCCUCAGGUCAAGGAUAUCCGACCGUUUACCGAUAAAAUGACGUCACUAUGGCAUACAAGCCUCUACAAUAAUCAUAUCGACGUGCAGGUCUAUGUGGUGGAUGAUAAUCGGGCCAUUUUCAUGUUCAAAGACGGGUCACAGGCGUUCGAGGCGAAGCAAUUUUUGUUGAAACAGCCUCAGGUCUAUGAAGUAACGCUCGAGGGUCGUCAGUUCCCGGGGAGCGGCGCUAAACAUCUCAAGUCUGAACUC